GUCCCACCAGGAAGGUGCUGAUUUCAAAACUGCCGCAUCGCACCGUUGUGACCAGCGAUAAUAUUGCUUCGUGAAGCAGCAAAAAGCACAUCGCAGCACAGCACAACGCAACUCGAACCGAACCGACACGACACGACACAAGAAAAGUAACAAUCAUGKGGAACGCGCUAUCAGAAGAAGAACAAGAACAGAUCAUGGAGGAGGCGUACAACCUCGAGGAUCCAGGGACAGAUAAACAUUUAAAUUCCGGUACAUCCGCACCGAAUUGCCAACCCAAACACACGCAGAGAGAAUUAGAACCAAAUAUGAAUGGGGGGUCUUCGGAGGGGGACGAAACUUCGAUGACACACAAAAACCAGAGGACUGCGUCCACGGCUAGCGUGAGAGAUGCACAAGACGAACGGCGGAAACGGCAGCACACAAGUGCGUCUUCGUCUUCCCUCUCGUCUCAGCAGCAACAAGAGCAAGAAAUGACGCAACAAGAGAAAAAACUCAGUUACUUCCAGAUGGCGCGUCUUGGAUACCAAGAACUCGUCAACGCAAUCAUUCGUCCUCCGCGAGCAGAUUACAAGGUGCGUUUCUCGCUUUCCGAAAGGCUGUUAUUUUAGAAUCAAGGCUCUGAAAUCAGACACAUGUUGAUCGGUAGAUUGGUGCUACUACGUAAACUCAUUACUUUCUAAACCUCUUUGUGUAUUUUUGAUUUGCCCUACAAAUUCAUCUAUGACUCUAGAUGGAAGCCCUGGGUCCUCCUGCCUUUACAUUUUGUGGAAAGCGAUUCACUCGAACCGAUUUUACGCUUCAAACAAAGCGUGGGUUCAACCUAGAAUGUUCUCAUUGGGAACCUGUUGAACGAAUCGCUGACAAGAUACCAAUCGGUAAGUCUCAACCCAGCUGCUCUAGGAAUUUGCAUCGCUCAUUUUUGCUUGCAACCGUUCACAUGUACGAACUCGCCUUUUUUAUGGGAACCACAUAACUUACAAUUAACUUGUGUCGCAUAGUCAUUUAUAUGCAUGGUAAUUCAUCGGCGCGAGUGGAAGUCUUACCCCAACUUUCAUACUUACUUUCCAUGGGAGUUGCUGUCUUCUCGUUCGAUUUUGCUGGAUCUGGAAAAUCGGACGGUGAAUACGUCAGUUUGGGAUACUACGAACGGGAAGAUCUUACGUGUGUAGUUUCCCAUCUAAGAGCUACCGGUGUGGUCAGCACCAUUGCAUUGUGGGGACGAUCUAUGGGGGCAGCAACAUCGCUGAUGUUUGGUAGUCGAGAUCCUAGCAUUGCGUGUAUGAUAUUGGAUUCGCCCUUUGCAGAUCUCACACAAUUGGCGGAAGAAAUGGUAGAAAAAGGUCGAGACCAGGGUAUUGUUGUCCCGACGUUUGUCGUAAGCAUGGCCUUGCGAAUGAUUACUGGCUCUGUCAAGAAACAGGCAAAUGUCAACAUCAAAAACAUAUCUCCCAUUUCACACGCCGAUAAAUGUUUCAUUCCAGCAUUUUUUGUAGCGGGGGAGCACGACGACUUUAUCAAAAAGCAUCACGCUGAAGCAAUCUACAAAAAGUACGCCGGAGACAAAAACAUCAUCAUCGUAGAAGGAGACCACAAUUCACCCAGACCAAAGUUCAUGUUUGAUUCGGCAUCUAUUUUCCUGCAAACCUGCCUCCAAAUCCCGAGUAAUUGGGCUCUUCCAGUCCCUCCCUCAAUGAAUCUCAUGUGCCCUCCAUGGUAUUUUGAAAUGUAUCAGAAUCGCAUGCGAGCGUCUCAAAGAAGUUCAGCAAGGGGAUCUCAACAGCAACGUUUGAGCAAAACUGGGAAGGAUCCAAGUGGAAAGCAUGGAAACUUUGAUGGUGACCAGAUGGGUAUGACACAAGACCGACAGCGAGAAAUUCAAGCAUCCCUAUUCAAAAUGCUUGGGCAAGCCGAUGAUCCAAUGAUGGAUCCGUCAAAGGAAAGCUCUCGUGCGAAACCUCCUCCAACACGACAAGAUUCAUCGGCGGAGCCGAACGGAAGUAGUCGAACGCCACAUGUUGUGACGACAAUACCAUCAGACGAAGCUUUGAGAUGAAAAGUCGUCUUGUAGACACGCUACUACUAUGUGCUUACAAAGAAAAGAAAAAAAAUAUGCACGCUUUUCAGGAUGAACAAAAAGUAGACAGCAAGCUGCUCGAGAUUGCUUCGAUAAAUGCUAGAGAAGAUGGAAAUCCAAAGCCACUUGGUUUUUAAAAAGAAGAAUUCUCAGUAUGCUUUAUUAAUAGAAUUAGUUAUGGAUAAUCCUAUUGGAUGAUCUGCAGUUGGCCGUGUUAAGCUUAAACUGUUGCUGCCACAACAUUUCGGACUAUUCAAAUGAAUUAUGGUUAUUAAAAAAUUCGAAAUUAAACUUACUCAUAUUCA